CCAUGGACUUGACUCCAGCCUUUCGUUGUCCUUCUUGUCCUGAGAUGCUGCUUCUCGUGGGGACCUGAAAGACGAGGGCAUAGGAAAUUGCACCAUGGUGGUACGAACAGGGCAGUUCAACAAACAGACACUGUGGGGCGAAAAGUGGGCGUUCUUCAUCUCUUCUCACGAUGAGCGGACACGACAUACUGGCAAUAUGCGCAGCUAUUCUUUCUUCAUCAUCGCCUCUGAGCUAGAUGAGGAACUCCUCGUUGCGAGUCUGCAACCUUGGGACGACACAAUGUCAAAUGCUCUCGUGUGCAUAUACUGCUUCCUCUGCAACAUUCAUUAUCCCUGCCGUAUGAGAGUACGAGAUGCUGCCCAAUUCACAGACAUGUCUGUCAUCGGCCAUUUCAAGUACCACUCGAGGAUGAUGCAGCUCUACGAGUUAGCAUCAGAUAGCAUUCCAAAGAUAUUGCUCAUGUCAAAAGAGCCUUUAGAAUGGAUUGCAGGCGGCCCAGGGGAGUGGGAUGACACACAGAAGAGCCUCGAUGAUCGACAUUAUCCAAAGACCCUCCUCAUCUUCCGCUCAUCCUCCGUUGGUGUACCAUUGUUGCUUCUGCAUCCUCCUGGUGACCACGACACUGGCUGGCUUCUUUGGCGUGAUUCUGAUGAGCGCUACCAUAAUCAUGGUCCGGGAAGGGUGCAGCUUAGGUGGAUUGGUCAAAACAUGCAGGGUGCAGGGCUGGAAGAGCAGGAUUGA